AUGAGAAGAACUCACUGCACUCACUCGGGAUCAACACCAACAACAAUGAAAGACCCACCGAUCAUAAACUCAGCACCGAUAAGACGGCCAGUGUCAACAAUGAGUUACUUCGCUCUCUUGUAUUGGUUUUUAUUACAUUCUUCGGCCAUGUAUAUGAAUUAUGUAGUGAAAUUACUGGUUGUCGAAGGUGUAAAAUUGGAAAAUCUCCCAAAGAUUCAAGAUGACGGAGAAAUCAAAAGAAAAGUAGAAAAUGUGUGGGAUCCAUGCGAUCAAUAA